UUUGUCCGUACCUGUCGCUGAAGUCACAUACUCUCGAAGCAAAAAGUGAGGAUAGACCUUAAAUGCGAGAUAUUUGUACAGCUUGUAAUGUGCGUAUUAUAACAGUAUUUAUUUAAAAAAAAAAUAUUUCCUUGUGAUAAUACAAUAUAUAUAUAUUUUGCCAUUAAUCUAUUCUGUUUCUUACACAAACAUGGAUUCUGUUUGCUGCGGAUGUCAAGGAAUAGUUUCGAACGAGAAUGCAAAAAAUAUAUUGAAUGAUGAUUUAUUAAUUGAAUCUUCAGAUUAUAUUGAUGCAGGUUCAAUAGUCUGUAAGAAAAUAAUUAAAUUAUAUGAUGGAAUCGAAUUAUUAACAGGCUAUAAAGUUCCCAAGGAUCUAAAUUCUGCUGUUUUAUGCGCAUCUUGUUGUCAAAAGAUAGAAUCCUUCACGGUCUUUCGAAUGCAACUCUUGGAUACGUUUGAAAAACGAACCAACUAUAAUAAUUCUGAGAAUAUAUCCAAAUCUAUAUCUAAUUUAGAAUCGUUACAAUGUUUGGAGCAUCAAAAAAACAGUUUAAUUAUGGAUAAAAUUACUGAUGUUAUUGUUAAUAAAAUUCCGAAUAAUUAUAGGUUAUUAGAACCAAAAAUUACAGUCGAUGACGGUAUCGAUGUAAUCGAUAAUAGUAUACCCUUAGAAUUAAAUAAUUCAUUGAGCGACGAAUCUGAAACAAACGAUUCUUUAGGAAGUAAUAAAUUGUCAAACGAUCAAGAAAAUAAUAACCUUAAUGAUUCAGAUUAUUCAAACGAAGUUCCAGAUAUUAAUCAUUCUAAGGUAGCAUUUUCGAAAAUACAAGACAAUGAUAUAGAAUCGGAAGUUGAUAUCUAUUCUGGAGAGUAUGACGAGGUAUUGGAAUUAGAUGUACAAUGUAAGAAUGAUGAUAUAACGGAUUCGGAAAAUUUUUCUGAAUCCGAAGCAGAAAUAUAUGAUUAUGAACCUAUUGGGAAAAAAAUUAAGAACUACAACGCAUUGUCAUCUGCUUUACUCUUCUAGCAUAUUCAUUUAUCGUAAAUUUCACAAGACAGUGCUUUCGCUUUACAAGUUGUAUCAGAAUCUUUUAUCGCAUGCUAUUAAAAUUAUGUAAAUGUUUGUGUAAUAUACUAACAGUCUGUAUGUAUAUAAUUUUGAGAUAUUCAAAGUAUUAGAAAAAGUAUCGUAUUAUAAAUUAUUCUUAAAGAAUACAUUUAUAAGAAAAUAAAUUGUUUUUAUUCUUG